GGUAUCUCUCGCAGUGCUCUUUUGCAGUCGCUUUUCUGUUAUCUUCUGCUGUCCCCGUUCAUAAUAGCUAAUAAGUACUAUGGAAACUGUGUUACGCCCUGGACACGGCUAUGUUAUUAUAAGUGGCAUCUUUUCGGCCUUAAUUCCUUUAUGGGCUGGUUUUAACGUUUCUAGAGCCAGAAAAGAGUAUAACAUAGACUACCCUCAGAUGUAUGCCGAUUCUAACGAUGAAAACGGCAAAAAGUUUAACUGCAUUCAGAGAGCCCAUCAGAAUGUCGUUGAAAACAUUUCGACGCAUUACUUGCUUUUACUAUUUAGCGCCAUUUUUCGCCCUGAAUAUGCUGCCAUUUGCGCUUUGAUUCGUAAUCUCGGCUUCAUAACUUUUGUUUGUGGUUACAGUUCUGGAGAUCCCUCAAAAAGAAAGCAAGGCUGUUUCGGUUACCUUGGUUUGCUUGGUAUGCUUGGGCUGUCUAUUGAAGCCGCGUGUCGCCUUUUGAACCGUUGCAAAGCCAAAUAGUUGCGAACUACCGGCUUUUAUAACUAUUUUGAUCAAAUAAAAGCUUUUUUUAAGGGUUG